GCAUCAUGUAAUUCGCUCAACAUACGAUUCCAGUAACCUUUUUUUUCUUCUUAAUGUUUGGAUAUGCGACCAUAGACGGGAGCUUCCAGGGGGCGGCACACAAUUAAGGAAUUUGCAGCAGAUGCACAGUUCACACUCCCUCGUCUCUGUCUUUACCACUUAGAAAUAAUUUCAUGCAUACAGUAUGUAGCUGAGGACUUUUUUUUCUCAUUGGUCUGAUACAGCACGCAAUCUUCGCAUGCAGAUUGGAGCCUCAGGUGCAAUGUACAUGAAAACAGUUUUCAGUCAUGAGGUCGAGUACUAAAAUGUGUUCAACCAUGAAGAAGGGGUCCAUCAAAUUUUGGGUGGCAGUUAUGGCUGCUUUGAGCUUGAGCUGUAGUACUUUUAUCCUGACCAAGAUGUCCUUUGCAUCACAUAGACUCUGGAGAGAUAUAGGUCCAUUUAAUGCAGUGCAGGACAGUUCCAGUCUCUGUCAGCCACAUGUAAUACCUGAACACUUUAGGAUUGAAAAAAAGAGCAACCCUUUUCUGUGUUUUUCUGAUGUUAAUGGCUCAACAAAAGACACAACCCUUGCAAACCAUCAAUUACCAUAUGGAAUACAAAAAUUAGAAUCAAUGUUUGCGACAGUUCUACGCAUCUUGAAAGGAUGUGACCUUCCACUUGAAGUAAAGAAAAACAAGUGCAGGAAGUGUGUUGUUGUCGGCAAUGGCGCAGUCCUGAGAAAUAAGACGUUAGGCAAAAUUAUUGACUCCUUUGAAGUUGUAAUAAGGAUAAACAGUGGUCCUGUGCGUGGGUACGAGAGUGAUGUUGGGAAAAGGACCACAUUUAGACUGUGCUAUCCUGAAUCCAUCUUUAAAGAUUCCAGAGAUGCUGAUCCAAACACAACAGUAGUCAUCAUCCCAUUUAAACCACAUGAUUUAAGGUGGAUGACCGAAGUACUGCAAAAAAAAACAGUGAACGUCAAUGGAUUCUGGACAAAGCCUGCUACAAAAUUAAUUUACAAGCCAGAUCAGCUCAGGGUUUUAAAUCCUUUCUACCUGGACAAAGCAGCCCACAACUUUCUUCACUUACCUGAGAAAUUGCUUCCUGGAAAGAUACCAACACACCCAACAUCAGGAAUUAUUGCAAUCACAAUGGCCCUGAAUGUGUGCGAAAAUGUAUAUAUAGCAGGGUUCAAGUACAAUUUAUCUUCAAACAAUUACCUGCACUAUUAUGGAAAAGAGCUAAUGUUUGAAAUGAGAAAGAAUAAUUAUCACAACAUCACUGCUGAGCAGAUUUUUCUCCACCAGCUUAAAUAUAGCCAAGCAAUCAUUGACUUGACAGAAGAGUGAGCACCAACUGAAAAUUAUUUUUAUUAUUAUUAUUAUUAUUAUUAUUAUUAUUAUUAUUAUGAUUUGUUUAUUUAACAGAUGCUUUUAUCCAAGGCGACUUACAGAGUGUGUGAACUAUGCAUCAGCUGCAGAGUCACUUACAACAACGUCUCACCCGAAAGACGGAGCACAAGGAGGUUAAGUGACUUGCUCAGGGUCACACAGUGAGCCGAGAUCUGCCAGGGAUCUCCUGUUUACAAGCCCUUUUCUUUAAGCACCAGUGUCCUAGGAAAUAAGUUGAUCAGGAAAUAAGUUGAUCAAGCUCUAGAAUUUAAAGGGAAGUUUCCAUUGUUUCUAGGAGCUUAGGCUGGGAAAUAAGUGUAUCGAGCCCAGGAAAUAAGUGUAUCGAGCUUAUCUCCGAUCACACAUAAAUUACAUCUGACUGACAACGAUGUUAUAGAAACAUAAAAAGACGGGUUUAAAACAAUUUACCAUAUAAAGAGUCGUCGAUCACACAUUUUAAAGUUCAUACGAAAACAUAGUGGCACGAACACGCACCAACACCACAACACAGUCUAGACAACUUUCUGGAUGUCAUGCUAAAAAGGGCAGGCCAAUACAUAUAAUUUCCUAAGGAUACUAGCAUAACUGAUGUUGGCUGAGGCUUUUCCAAACAACUCUGUUUCAUGCUGCCUCAGCCGUAAGGACUCUCAGCUCCUUCUCAGAAAACCUUGCUUCCCUUUUCUGUGCGCCAAGAGGACUUUACUGCCCUUCAUCUGAGAAAUGUUUUUGUUUGUAUUUUCGUGCUUCACAAAUUUCAUACAGUUACUACUGUCUCGGUACUCCUAACUCUGUAAGUGUGUCCGCUAAAUAGACCAAAUGCACUCAUUGAGACCCUCAUUAUCAGAAUUGCAGAUCAUUAUUUAUCCUUUUUGAGUAAUUUGCAUUGCUGUUCCACUUACAUAGGACGCAGUGCAAAAUAAUUGCAUGGCUGCUAGGCAAUUUUAAUUUUGCAUCCGCAAUUAUUUGCACUGCGCCUAUUCUUACAUCUACCCCAAUGUGUUGAUUUGGGGACAUUGAAACUGAUAGUUUAAAUAUAAUUUUUCCAUAAUGACAUACAAAUGAUCGUGACUGUACUUUAA